UUGUCAGCUGUCAGUUUUCCGCAUGCACGAGCCACGAGGGCUACGAGGUGACCGACCACUCUGUAUGUUUUGAUUUUUCCCAUUCAUACGUCGAUCUGCAAUUCCCGGAAUCGACAAUCUUUUUCAGUGUUUUUUUAAUCUUGAUGUGACAAAAGCUGUCACGAGUCUGAUGCCAACACAAAACUGAAAACUGAACCCAAAAAUGUCUGUAACGGAAGAAAGAAUCGAUGGAGAUUUGGAGCUGGAGCAACUUCUGGGGAUUGCUAGAGCGAAAAGAUCAAAAGUGAAUAACUUGAGACCUUUGAAGGAACUUGCUUUAAGAAAACUAGCAAGUGUUGACUGUGCCAAAACCUCUACAGCACCCUAUCAGUACCUCUCUACUCCGCUACGGAAAGAAAUUUUGAGCUACAUGGCGGCCGGUACAUUCCAACGAAAAUCACAUAUCAUCCAAGCGGAGAAUGACUGGCAUUUUGAACUGGCGAGCCGUCUCUUGAAUGACCAAAUAACGGAGUUUGAGUUUCGCAUCCUUGGUGAUCCAUUCAUCUACAGUUCAGACAAUGAGCGAGACAAAAAAAUGUGGCAGGUGCUGAUUGAAAAUUGUCCUAAAUUGGAGAGAAUCGUGGACAAGCGCUCUGGUAGUCAUCAUGACAACUCUAUGCCAAAGAAGAAAGACUACCACAAGAAAUUUUUAUUCGUGAGAAAUGUGAUGCACCACCUCAAAAAGUUUCGGAAACUGAAGCAUAUUGACCUAGAACACUACGUUUGUGACUCAAAAGAUUUGGCACAGCUUGCCCGUCAUUUUCCUCAGCUGCAAACUUUGUCUGUUGCCUUCAAGUUGGUCCACCGUGAAACUCUGAAUAAUUUGUUCCUUCUCCAGAACUUGGAAAAAUUGGACAUCCAUUGGAACACUUAUAUUCCUAAAAGAGAGAAGAACCAGUUGGUGCUGAAUGAGCAGUCCCACCACCGAAACCACUUCAAAGCAGAAUGCAUCGGGCACCUACCAAGACUGCAGUACUGCUCAGGAGGUGAAAAGUUCCACAAUUUCCUUCCCUACCAAGGCAAAACACAACUCUGCCUAAAGCACAUUAAGGUUUUGGGUGGAUUCAAUUGUAAACUGAUCCCCUUGUUGGAAGAACUGCAUCUUGAAGGACCUCUCAGAAUGAAACCAAAUGCGAUUGGAGCUCUUUCAAACCUGACCAGACUGUUUUUGAUAGAAGUCAAAGACUCAGAUAUUUCUGAUUUGCUAACCCACUGUGGUGGCAAGCUUCAUGAACUGGAAAUAUAUUUUGACUUGGAAGGAGCGACAAAUCCUUACGAGAUAUUCGUCAAGUGCCCGCAACUGCGUUCACUCGACGUAAACUCGAAUCUGUUGAAGGGAGAGAAUGACUUCUUCAAAUCUCAAGUGGAUGCAAACUACUUCAAACGCAUGAGGAAAUUUUCAUAUGAUUGCUCGAAAGACCAUUUCCCACCUGAUUUGACUCUACUUAUACUGACAGUGCCAGACUUGGAAAGUUUUUAUAUGGGUGAUGAGAACUGGAAUAUUUCUAAAGAUGACCUGGCCCAUUUAACUGCGCAGCUAGUCCAAGGACACAUUUUGCAGAGUCUAAAGUCAUUUAAGUUUGUGAGUUUCAAUCCAGAGCCUAGCUUGUGCAAAGAGUUUAUCAAGUUCCUCUGUCUCCUUCCAGUUCAUGCCCCAAACCUUGAAUCUAUUAAAUAUUUAAGUGAAGAUAAUGCAUUUGUAGAGCAAGCUGAAAAAUCUCCUGUACUCAGUGGUAUGAAUCAAAUUGAUGGCUUCUAUAUUUCAGAAUUUUGAGUGAUAUCUUCCGAUAUCUUCUUUGUUUUCAUAUUAGACAUCCGCAAAAAGUAAAUUAGGAAUUUAUUCUCCUUUUGUUAUAUGCUGAUUUGUAAUGGAUGGAUAUAAUAAAAUAAAUAGACUGAUCGAUUUGAUAUCAGAUUGGCUUAAAAACUUAAAAA